AUGAAAGUUAAUGUCAUUAACCAGACUUUCGUACUUCGCCGAUUUUCUAUCCUCGGCGUCCUGUGCAUUCUGAUCAAACGGGACGACGGCUGGGAUAGCUUAGCGGAAGCUGAGAAGGAACAGUCCCGCCGACUUGCCACGCUUAAGGAAUUCUGUAAGAAGAAUGUCUCAAUGAUUGAAUACGACCUUAUAGCACACAUGGACACGGUUGCGUCAGAUGUUCGACUUUUUGUAAAGAAGUACAACAUCACAGCGAAUGAAGAGGUUCUGCCGGAACAACGACGGAGGCACGUUAAUGAUGACAACGUUUUCAACAAAAUCUACGCGCAAGUCCCGAUAGAAGAAAUCCUGCCUCUCCGAGAGAUCUUCCAAGAGGACUUUGAUAUGUUCGGAUACUCCUUUGAACAGGAUUUGAUAAAGAUACUACAAGGAAAGUCCACGGGGUAGUCU